AUGGGGGCGUCCUUCUCUUCCCGCCUUGGAUCUUCUCCUUCUCCUUCUUCUCUUUCUCCGCCUCCUUCCGACAAAAUCGCUCCCCACGUCGCUGCGGUGGCAGAGAUCGAAGGCUUCGCCGACGUCGUCUCGCGCUGCAUCGGCACGUGUUACACGCGCUGUCUACACAAGCACGCGGACGUCUCGCUUGACGUGGCCGAAAUGAGUUGCACAGAUCGCUGCGUAGAGAAAUAUUUCCAGGUGCAUGCGCUUGUCGGAGACACAAUGCGAGCGCUUGCAGCUUGCAGCCCCUCUGCGGGGAACUGA